AUGGGAGGUUCUGAAGGACAAGGAGACCAGAAAGAGCCUGAAACUUGCACAACGUCGUCCCCAAAGCUCCCCGCGACUCCCGAGCCCGAGAACGACAAGGGCAUCAUCCCCGCCAUCAAGAGUCCUACUCUCGAAGGCCUAGAUGGCAUCACGCCUGAGAAUGUCGACAUUUUCAAGUUGGAGGCAGUGGCUGCUUUGAAGCUGUUAUGCCGUAGCAUUGACGCCCUCGUCCGAUUGACCGGUGACGUUUCUCCAACCCCCCCAGCACGGAGUCGGGGCGCUUCUCCUGCUCGAAGCUUCUCGAGGCUCCGCGAAUCCAUGACACCAGACACGGCUACUCCCCCCAAAGACAACACUGGGCUGCGACCGCCAGGCUCGGCUGUACAUGAGCACAUUGAUGGAGUGCCUUUUGUGAAAACACCCAUUGGGUCCCCCGAGGCACAAGCCCAUGAGCCUACUUCGGCUGCUCAGAUAAUUGGAGCGGGCGCUCAGCCGACGUAUAUCCAGUACGGAGCUCUGGCUCGGAAAUUCUACUCGAAACGCCCUCCUCCGAUAUCGACCGAAGACUACCUCAUGCGCAUGCACAAGUAUUGCCCGAUGUCGACGGCGGUGUAUUUGGCGGCUUCAUGGUAUAUCACUCGGCUGGCCGUCCAAGAGAAGAUUAUACCGGUCACACCUCGAAACGUCCAUCGGCUGCUUUUGGCUUGUCUGCGAGUGGCCAUGAAGGCGCUGGAAGAUCUGUCAUGGCCCCAUGCUCGCUUCAGCAAAGUGGGUGGAGUGUCAGAGGGUGAACUCGGCCGACUCGAGAUCACCUUUUGCUACCUGAUGGAUUUCAGUCUGAAAGUCGAUGCGGCGAUGCUACAGCACGAGGCUGAGAACCUGAGUCGCCAGAACCGGUAUGAGACCGUCGUUCUCGACAGUCCUUUGCCUGCGCUAGAAUUGCGACUGCCGGAAGAAGGUGAGAGAAAGUCUCGCAGUGCUGAAAAGAGAAAAGCCAGCAGUACAUUGCCCAGCAGACCUGUUGUCCAAGUGGGAGCAGGCAUCGAGGUCAUGGGCCAGUCCUGA